CAGACGUUCUCGACACAGUAGUUUGCUCGGGGAAGUAAGUAGUCACAAUUCGCGUUCAACACAUGCAGCACCCACGCGUAUCGGUGGCGUGUAUGAUUUGUCUUCUUGCGCUGGUUCCCCAGACGCUGACGUCACCGGACCAGCUUCUCCACAUAUUCAUCAGCGUGGUGGAGGCGGUCUCAGGUAGGCCGCGAUCGAAUGGCACCGGCUGCAACUCUCCGCGUAAUGAGUCCGACGACGCGCUUAUGGAAGAGUUCCUCGAGCUCGUAAGAAACGUCUCGGAGGUGGCGGUCGUUCUCGAUGACGAAGGACGCCGACCACGUCAGGAGCCUCCGAAUACUGCAGAUUCCGGAAAUGAAACGGAAUCUGGCCUUCUGGAUAGGUCGCUGGUAAACGCGACACCGACGCUGAAGACAUGUCCUCCUGGUCAGCAACGCGACCGGCUGGGCAAGUGCAGGACCGCGAUACCUUCCGCUAAAGUGUGGGCGACAUGAGCUGCAGUCGUGUGCCUAUCCCCGCGUCGACGCUGGCGCUGCUGCUGCUGGUGCUGGUGGCCACGACGGUGCUGCCGCCACCGGCAGAGGCGGGCUUCUUCUUCGGCAGACGGCAGCAGAGCCCGGCGCUCAGUUGGUGGCCGCAGCGUUCGCGGGUGGCUCCUGCCACCACCGCCACCACCACCGGCGCACCCCCCGCGUCCGACCAGCCCGGGAGUAAGGCCAUGCUGAACUCGAUGCCCAGCUUCAAGUCCUGCCCCUACGGCCAGCAGCGCGGACACGACGGCAAAUGCCGGAGACAGAUCUUUGGAUAGUCCCACUGCACAAUCCACGUGCUCCCCCAUUGCCGUCUCUUGUCGUUUGGCGUCCUGAGCCACAAUCGCGUCUCUUCCGUUAUACUGUUAGUGAAGUGUCGUGCUCACUUUUUGUACAAACUUAUUUUUUACUCGCAAAUAAAACGUGCUGUAUUGAAACGAGA